UUGUCUGCACACUGUGGUAGAAAAAGUCUACUUGAGCUUACGUGACAACUCGCAUACUACUCCCUUUGUGGUCAACCUGUCAUCAUGAUAUCCAGGCUGUGCGUUCUUUGUCUGACUGCGGUGUUCGCAAUAUUCUCCCGGCUGGCGGAGACAGUUGGUCCGGUGGUUCGAUGUGAACCUUGUGACGCGGGAGCACUGGGGCAGUGUAAACCGUUGCCCAAAGAUUGUACCGAGAUGGUCCGAGAACCCGGCUGCGGGUGCUGUAUGACUUGUGCACUUAGCGAAGGACAGUCCUGUGGAGUGUACACGGGGAGGUGCGGCUCUGGUUUGACUUGCCAACACCAGCCGGGCGAGAUCAAGCCUUUGCAAGCCUUACUGGACGGACGGGGAGUUUGCUCAAGCGCAGUUUCCAAAAAACUCAGCGGCAUUCUGCUGCCAGUUCAUAAAGAGAACAGCAGGGUCUCGGAGGAGGACAGGAGUGCCAACAGCACGGGGUCUCCGGGCCUGGAGAACGUCCACCGGGUCCCUGAGUCCAAGGGCCCCCCCCAUCACGCCAAAGGGGACCUCAUCCUGAAGGAGCUCUCCAGGAAGUCCCAGAGCUACAAGGUGGAGUCGGUGUCCGGGGGCCUCAGCACGGACAUGCACAACUUCUCGCUGGAGUCCAAACGCGAGACCGAGUAUGGUCCGUGCCGGAGGGAGAUGGAGAGCAUUCUCAACAGCCUGAAGAUCACCAACGUCCUGAACCCUCGCGGCUUCCGCAUUCCCAACUGCGACAAAAAGGGCUUCUACAAGAAAAAGCAGUGCCGCCCAUCCAAGGGGAGAAAGCGGGGCUACUGCUGGUGCGUGGACAAGUACGGGCAACCUCUGCCGGGCUACGACGGCAAGGAGAGGGGCGAGGCUCAGUGCUACAACCUGGAGAGCAAGUGAGACAGAGGAGAGCGAGAAAGAGAGAGAGAGGGAGGGAGGGAGAGAGAGAGAGAGCGAUGACGGGGAAGGGGGAGAGAGCGGGAGCGUACUUUGGGCUCCGUGGACAGAGACUUUGAGGGCGCUGGUCCUCGUUGACCCGUGGCCCGCCUGGGCGGAGCUGUCCGGAGUCACGCGACCUGAGAGGGAAACGCGCGGAGCUCGCGAAGACCGAAGAUUACAACUAGGCCAAGCCAUUUUAUUUCUUACGGCUUUCUAUAUUGUGCAUAGGGAUCUUUGAAUUCCCAGACGGAAAGAGAGAUGAGAGAGAGAGAGAGUGAGAGCGUGCGAGAGAGAGAGAGAGAGAGCGAACAGGGAUGAAUUUAAAUAAAUAUAUGUAUAUAUAUAUAUAGAAAUAUAUAUAUGUAUAUAUUUAUACACAUAUAUAGAAAUAUAUAUAUGAUCUGCACUAUUCUUUAGGGAGAGAGAAGGCACUUCACUUCUGAAACAGAAGGGGGGAUUUUCCACUCACUUUUAUAAGAACUGCAUGUGACCCACUUGAACCUGGGAGGCUAAAUGCUCAAUGUUGAAAUCCAUGCGGUGCGCGUGGAGACGCACACGCCAGCAGACGGGUGUGUGUUUCCGUGUGCGUUAGCUAGUGUGCCUGUGUGUGUGCCUGUGUGUGUGUGUGAGUGUGUGUGUGUUUGUGUAUGCGUGCGUGUGUGUGUAUGUGAAUGAGGGAGCAUGUACGUUCAACCAUAUA